AUGGCCAAAUCCACACGCUCCAAGACCAAACGAGCUUACCGCAAGGUGAAAAGAGAGGACAGCGUUUAUGCAGUGGCACACGCAGCAAGAUUAGACCGCCUCAGCAAGAAACUCGCAGAUAUCGCUAACGUUACCGAACCAAGUACACAUCCUGAAAAAGACGAUGACAGCUCGGAGGAAAGAUUGGACAUGGAUGAACAAGGUUGGCCAAUCUUUGCUCUCUUUGGAUUGAUAGAUCCAGAUGAUAUCUCCAUUUUUACUAUCGGACACGACGAUGAGAGGCAACCAUGCUCCAAAGAAGAGACGUG